AUGAAGCGAUCAGUCUCCUCGAUUAGUAAUUCUCGAGAUACUAUUUCAUCUCGAUUAAAGCGUAAUCGAUUAAUGAACAAAAAUCAAAACGAGGAGAACAUAUCAAAUAUAAAUAAAAAUGUUGCCUUCGUACGUGGCAAAGAAAAUUCAAUAUCGAAUAGAUCAGGAAAUUCCAAAGAGAAAUUUCUUGAAAAGAAUAUCGAUUUGGAUGAUAAUAGUUCCAUUAGGUCUGGACAGCCGCCUCUUCAGUCCACAAUCUCAUUUUCAUCACCAUCAUCGUUAUCAGAGAAUCAUAAUCACGAAGUUGGUUCCAACAUGAAUCAAACAUCACAGUUACACAAUAACGAUCCAAAAUCAAGUGAUAAUGUUACGAAUAGUUCAUUGUCAUCUCAAUCAAACUUAAACAAGAAACAACCUCUUCAAAAAAUCCGAAAUUCAACCCAAGUUGAUACUAAUCGUAAUCCUGUUUCUAUUGAACGUAAUCCAGUUUCAACUGAACGUAAUCCAGUUUCAACUGAACGUAAUCGUGUUUCAAUUGAACGUAAUCCAGUUUCAACUGAACGUAAUCUAGUUUCAACUGAACGUAAUCCAGGUUCAACUGAACGUAGUCCUAAUACACAACCGUUACCAAGUCGAUUAUCGAAGGACAAAACUCAAGUUUUCAACCGACAUUGUUCUGUACAAUCUCAAAAUCAGAGUGUCACUCACAAUAAUAGUAAUCGAUUAUCGACAACUGUUGAUCUUCGUUUUUCAACGCCAAAAUUAUCUGGAAGUGCACUAAUCGAAGGUUCAUUGGAAUAUAGAGAAUUAAAGCGCUCUUAUUUGUUUGAAAAAAAACAGGCUGAAGAAUGGAAAAAGGACUACAUGGUCUUAAAGCAACAAUUUAAUGAACUUAAAUCGAGCACAUUACCUCGACCAACAGCCGAAGUCAUCGAGUGGCUGAAAGAACUCUUUGAUUUGCUCAACAACAAUGGAACCUUUCGAGGCGAUGGAAGAAAUCUAACUUCAGUUGGUAAAGAUUUAGGCCUCGAUGAAGCAAAUCUUAUAACUGUGGCAGCACGUACACCGCAGAAGUCUGCACUGAAACUUUUCCGCCUGAUUUAUCCAACCAUUGGUCUUCGUGCAGGCUGUGUUUCUAUAUCAAAUGUACCAGAAGAACAACUACAAAAUAUCUACCAAUAUGUGCGAAUUCUGCAUCCCAGUCUAGGGUUCAAAAUGGCAGACAUGAGACGAGCGAUCGGGAAUUCAAUUCGUUCUGCAACACACGAAAUGCGAAAACUGGAAUAUCAAAGACAAGAAAAACUAAAUGAGUUGCAAAAUGACGAAAAUCUUGAUCCCGAUGAAAGAGACGAACGAAUUCAAGAUGCACUUGACACUAUGCAGAUGGCAUUAGAUGCUAAUGAUGUCAACGAAUAUGAUCAAGACUCAGAUAAUGAUGAAGUUGAUAAUGAAGUCACGAAUUUCAAUGUCGAUGAUGAUCUCAAUGAUGAUGAGGUUGAUGAAGCUGAUGAAGAUACAAUUUAA